AUGAAUGCUGACUUUAAGAACGCCUUCGAAGCUCUUCAUAGUAAGGUGAAACUAGUGAACGACUUCUCAUCUGGAAAGAAACUGAAGUCUGAAGGUUUCGACAAAGAGUUAAAAGAAGUAGCACAAAAUAUGACGAAAAUAACAGAUGCAGCAACGAGACAGGCAGUUCAAAGUGCCUAUGACGCCGUUAGAGCAACUGUUGUGAAAAGUCAAGAAAAAGAGUUACAACAGACCAAAACAGACCUAGUAAAUGCUUUCUUAAGAACGAAAAGUCAGGUAGGACAUUACGCUGCAGAUGGAACAUAUGUGCCAGCUGGUGGAACUUAUAUACCACCAAACCCUCCAAGAGAAGCACCUGCACCAGGACUACCUAGAACAUUUACAUCGUCACAUGGACACAGACACAGGCAUGCACCAAAACCAACACAACAACCAACACAACAACCAACACAACAACCAGCACAACAACCAACACAACAACCAGCACAGCAACCAACAGUUCAAAACCCUGCACAACAACAACCACAAACAGAGCAAGGACAUAA